UUACCGUGUUUUCUUCGCGAGAGGUGAAAUAACGUAACUUGUUUUCGUCGCAAGGGUUGACGACAUUUCCGGUCUGAGGGGACUGAGAGCAGCGGUAUUGCGUCAUUUCCUGUCUGCGGGAUGGGUACUGAGAAGAGCGGCGCAGGGUACUGAGAGAGGCGGGCUGCAGCCAGACUCCUCUCACAUUUGACGAGAGGAGAGUGAGAGCAUUUGUCUGCACAUGCGCGCCGUCAUCUGGUCGCCACACACACGGUUAAAUACCCUUGCGGAAAAUUAAACGUGCUUAGCAACACGCUGCGUUUUGUGCGGAGUUAACCCGCUAAGAUCGCGACGCAGGAAGUUCAGAACUACUUGACCGGAACAAAACCGUCCAUCUUCAAGUGAUCUUUGUGCGUGUUGAAGCUUCGAAUCAUACUUAUCUUAGCUUAGCUUAGUUUAGCUUAGCUUGGAAACACAGACCAAUGUGGUUCGACGCUUGAACAUCAAGCUGGAGCCUUCUAAAGUGUGCAAAAUGCGCGCAAGACCGACGCCAGCCGCAAAGUUCGAGGCGGAACUUUGUGGCGCAACAGAUCUGCGACAACAUCAACGCUCGACUUCUUGUAAAAUUCAAGUUGUGCCUUGCACACUACCAGAUCUGUAUGUCAGCCAAGCCCAUCGUCCUGAGCACCAGGGGUCUGCAUGCAUCAAGGAAGAGGAAGAGUCCGGACCCAUCCAAGGUUUCAGCAAAUAUCUUAUUCCUGAGUGGCAUGAGUCUGAGUCUCCUGGCGUUAAAGAGGAAGUGGGGCACCCGCAUAUGAAACAGGAAGAGCCAGAGCACCCUCAACAGCAAAAGACAGAAGUGCAACUUCCAAUCAAAAAGGAGGAGGUAGAGCUGCUAUAUGUUAAAGAGGAGGACGAUAUCACCAUGUCGACUGGUGAGCUUUUGAAUAGCGAGGAUGGUCCGAGUGAGGCAAGCAGAGGGACGGAGCCUCCAAGCAGCAGCUCAACAGAAGGAUCGCAAGUACACAUUUUCAUCGCACCAACAGAUAGAAGAGGCGCCACGUCCCACUCACCGUACAGAGAUGAUGGUCAUAAGAAAUCUCACCAUGACAACAAACUCCUUAAAUGCUCUGAGUGUGGGAAAACUUUUGCUUAUAAAUAUGCUUGUCGUAUGCAUAUGAGGAGCCACACAGGUGAAAAACCUUUUGGCUGCUCAGUUUGUGGUCAAAGAUUUGCUCAGAAGGACUACUUAACAAAACACACAAGAACCCACACUGGUGAAAAACCUUUCAUCUGCUCAGUUUGUGGUCAAGGAUUCAGUCAAAAGCAAGACUUGAAACGACACAUGAGAACCCACACCGGAGAAAAACCUUUUUCCUGCUCAGUUUGUGGUCAAGGAUUCGCUCGAAAGCAAUACUUAAUAGGCCACACAAGAACCCACACGGGUGAAAAGCCCUUUUCCUGCUCAGAUUGUGGUCAAGGAUUCACUCAAAUUCACAGUUUAAGAGUACACACAAGAACCCACACUGGUGAAAAACCUUUUUCCUGCUCAGUUUGAGGUCAGUUUCACUGAAAAGAAAAACUUAAAAACACACAUGAGAACCCGCACUGGCGAAAAACCUUUUUCCUGCUCGGUUUGUGGUCGAGCAUUCAGUCAUAAGAGUACCUUAAAUGUACACACAAGAACCCACAAUAAGAGUACCUUAAAUGUACACACAAGAACCCACACUGGCGAAAAACCUUUUUCCUGCUCAGUUUGAGGUCUAGGAUUCGCUCAGAAAAAAUACCUUGCACAACACACAAGAUACCACACUGGAGUCAAAUCUUUUUCCAGCUCAGUUUGUGGUGAAGGAUUCAGUUGCAAGAGCAACUUUAACACACACAAAAGAACCCACACUGGUGACAAACUUUUUUCCUGCUCAGAUUAUGGUCAAGGAUUCAGUUAGAAGAGUGCCUUAAACAGACACACAAGAACCCACACUGGCGAAAAACCUUUUUCUUGCUCGGUUUGUGGUCAAAAAUUCAGCCACAAGACCAACUUAAAGGGUAUGUCAACCCCUGGGGAAAUGUUAAUAUUCCAUCAUUUAUCCAUAAAUGCCUUUUGUAUUCAUAUCAUGUCACUUCGUGGAAUUACAAGAAAAUGAGAGAAAUUUGGAUCAAUUGUCAAGCUAAAAUGACCGGCGCCCGAGAUCUGGCAGAUUGUGUGCGUGACGUCAUUACAAGUGAAGAGAGUGCCACCGGCCACUAGGGGGGCGGCGCUUGUCUGCAUCAAUAUAAUUCCUUCUAGUGAGGGGAGAAUUACAGGUGUUUUGAGCUGUUUAUGCUGUUGCAUUGUGUUCGUCCUGCACAUAU